CCUGAAGCCUCGGGCUCGCGUGAUGGAGGGCCCCGGCGCCGCCCGGACUCCGGUCCCACCUCCGUCCCCGGCUUCGGUCCCGGCUCCGGGCCCCGGGCGGACGGAGAUGGUGGCGGCGGCCAAGGCCAAGGCCCGGCCCAAGCCCGACACCGCCUCCGGAAAACGAGUCCUGGAUGAGGAAGAAUACAUCCAGAGCCUGCAGAAGAUCAUCCAGAGGGACUUUUUCCCUGAUAUGGAGAAGCUCCAGGCCCAGAGAGAAUACCUGGAGGCAGAGGACAGCGGAGACCUGGAGAAGAUGCGCCAACUCGCCAUCAAGCUGGGCUCCUCGUUGGGCAGGCCAGCGCGGGACACGCCGCUGCCGUAUGUGACCCCGGCCACGUUUGAGACCCCCGAGGUGCACGCGGGCCCAGGGGCGGCGCCGUCGCUGGGCAGACCUCGGGCCCAGGCCAGAGCACCGGAGGAAGGAGAGGCAGAGAAGGAAGGGAGCCAAGAGACCCUCCCCAGCCUGGACGCCUUUCUGGCCAGGCACACGAGUGAGGACAAUGCCUCGUUCGAGCAGAUCAUGGAGGUGGCCAAGGAGAAGGAGAAGAGCCGGCACGCCUGGCUCUAUGAUGCGGAGGACGAGUUGGCGCAGCGAUCCCAGCAGAAUCUGGCCGUGCCCUCAGCCGAGCAGCAGGCCCUGGAGAGCAGCCAAGCCGGAGUGGAAGCCUGGGCCUACAAAGCCAAGAACACCCUGAUGUACUACCCCGCUGGUGUUCCGGACGAGGAGGAGGCCGAGCCGAAGAAGCCUCGGGAAGUGUUGCACAGAAACACGCGCUUCCUGCGGGACCCGUUCAGCCAGGCCCUGAGCAAGUCCCAGCUGCAGCAGGCGGCCGCCCUCAAUGCCCAGCACAAGCAGGGCAAAGUGGGUCCCGACGGCAAGGAGCUGGUCCCCCAGGAGUCUCCCCGAGUCAACGGCUACGGCUUUGUCAUCACCCCGUCUCCGGCACCCGGCGUGAACGAGUCUCCUCUGAUGACGUGGGGGGAGGUGGAAAGCACGCCGCUGCGGGUCGAUGGGGCCGACACUCCGUACGUGGACCGCACCCCGGGACCGGCCUUCAAGAUCCUGGAGCCGGGCCGCAGAGAGCGCCUGGGGCUCAAGAUGGCCAACGAGGCUGCCGCCAAAAACCGAGCCAAGAAGCAGGAGGCGCUUCGGAGGGCCACGGAGAACCUGGCCAGCUUCACCCCCAAAGGCCUGAGCCCAGCCGUGUCCCCCGCCCUGCAGCGCCUGGUCAGCAGGACGACCAGCAAGUUCACCGACAAGGCCCUGCGGGCUAGCUACACCCCGUCGCCGGCCCACCCUGGCUUCAAGACCCCAGUCGCCGGGCCCCAGACCCCCACCGGCACCCCGGCCCCCGGGGCCGCCUCUCGGACUCCGGUCACCCAGGACCCCGCCUCCAUCACCGACAAUCUCCUGCAGCUCCCCAAGAGGCGGAAGGCGUCCGAUUUCUUUUGACCCCCGCCGGCCGGGGAGACGGGGUCCGCCGGCACGUGGGGGCCGCCGGACCGGGAGCCACGGGGGAGGCUGCGCCCGCCCCUACAGCGACUGCGGGCGCCCCGGCGUCCAGCUUGGGCUGGGCCCGGCCGGCGGUACCGGGGGUUUGGCCGGCGGCGGCGGCGGGACUGCAGACUGCACGGAAGCCUCCUGGGGCCGGCGGCCGCUGGGUCGAGGGGCCUGGAUUGCUGCGGGGUAUUUUUUGUGGAAAUG